AUGUCUUCCUCUGAAUCUCCAUCCUCUGUCCCCGCCUCGACUACGGCGGAUCCCUCGACGUCCCCACAACCAACAACGUCUGCUUCUUCCGUGGCCCCUCCGGGAACUACAUCUUCCACUCCUCCACCUUCGACCUCCGCCUCCCCUACCACGACAGCAUCCAGUGCGAACGACAGUGCGUCGAGUCCGCCGACGACCACUUCGGAUCCUCCUACCACCACUUCGGAUCCUCCUACCACCACUUCGAACCCCCCGACAACCACUUCGGACCCGCCCACGACCACCUCCCAGCCACCCACAACUACCUCUGAUCCCCCGACCACUACUUCCAAUCCUCCAACCACCACAAAUCCCCCGACAACGACCACUAACCCGCCCACGACUACCGAGAUUCCCACAACUGCUACUGUCACGACUACUGCACCGCCGAACACCACUCACGAAACCACAACCGAAACUACAGAUCAUACGGACCACGCAACUGAGACCUUUACGACUACCGCGUCCUCAGACUCUGAGAACACAUCCUCUCCGCCGUCCCCCUUGGUUGUAGUGUCCUCUGCUACGACCACCUUGCAGAGCACGGUUGUUUUUACGACGACGGAUAGUGAUGGGCACACCACUACGACAAUCCCUCCCACUUUCACUGAGACCUACGUCUCCACCAAUAGCAAUGGCAUCCCUAUGACUGUUACUCAGGUGGUUGCGAACCCCACCCUGAGUUCGGAGGACAAUAGUGUGCAUACAUCCGGAUUCUUCAGGCAAAAGGGGGCCGUCGCUGGUGUAUUUCUGAUCGUCGGUUUGGCGGCGGCGUCGAUAUGCCUGUUCAUCUUCUUCCUCGUACGACGCCGACGGAGGACGCGGAAACUCGACCACGACGCUGCCGUCAGCCAAUCGCUGGCCGCAGCAGGGUUCAAUCGGGCGCCCCUCGACGAUGGCGAUGACAACGAUGAGAAGUUCCCCCGACGGCGUACGCUGUCUGACAUGGAGAUGUCGCACUAUUCUGGCGGGUACGGCACUGGAGGAUCUAUUCCCAGCGCGACCCGCCCGCCGUCAGCAUAUCUUGACGAUCCGUCCACUGGACCGUCAGACAACGAUGGCGCGACGUUCGAUCCAUAUGCGGCGUAUGUCGCGGAGGGUCCGCAGGCGUAUCGGGGGCCAAGGACAUACAGCCCCCCUGUGGGUGGAAGGGAUGGACACCGUGGGGGGCAUUCGGCCUCGUACAGCGCAGGUAGCACCGAGCCACUAUUGGCUGCCAUGAACCGAUCACCAAGCGCCGGUCCGUUCGAUGACUUGAGGUCCCCGACGCCCCCGCCGCCUCCUCGAAAUCCGAAGAGGGUGACGGAUAGGCUGAGGAAUAGUAUGGAAGGGGAGGAGGAACCGUAUCGGGAUGAGCCUGAGAGGGAUUCGUGGGGGUCUGAUAAUGCGCCUAGUGAUGAACGAUUGAACCCUGUUAUGCACGACCGGCUGAAGGGAGGCAGUAGUAUCAAGGAUAACGAAGAUUACUCCAGGCCGGUUCUUGAGGUAAGAAAUGUUGUCAGCGACAAAUGA